GACGUCAUCCGCCCUGCGGAAGUGGCCGUGGGGUAAGAUGGCGGAACCGCGCGAGGAGGCGGCGGUGGCGCGGCGCAUUGACCCGGCGCGGGAGCCGGGGCUCAGCCCUGAGCAGCGCCGCCUCAUGGCGGAGGUGGAGCGCGUCCAGCGCCAGCGCGCCCUGCAGCGGCGGCUCCGCGGCCGCAACGCGCUCCUGGGCAUCGGCAUCGGCGCCGUGGUCGUGGGCAUCUACGGCUACACUUUCUACUCAGUGUCGCAGGAGCGUUUCCUGGAUGACCUGGAGCAGGAGGCAGAGACGGCACGGGCCUGGGCGCGGGACAAGAGCCCGGCGAGCUGAGCAGAGCAGGCCUGGUCCAGCCCCUGGGCCCUGGCAAACAACCUGAGCAGCCUCUGGGCCUCAAGCACGGGUGGCUGCACAGGGGGAACCGCCUGGCCCUGAGCACAAGUCCAGCCCCCUCAGGGGCUCCCCGAGGCAGGGUCCCUGCACCACAUGCAUCCAAGGCCAGUGAACCUCCAUGGUGGGGGUGCCCCUGCAGGCAGGGUUUCUUCCCCUGCUGGUAGCCACCUUUUCUCCUGAAGGGUGUGCAGGCUCUUGGCUUAGCUUGCCAAGGACAUGCUUCAGGGAAGGGCAGGGGUGCCUCAGGUGCCUGUCGCUUUCCACAAUAAAUAACUUGUUUGGA